AUGGCGGUUAUGAUGGAGCCAAUGCCGUUGACGAUGGCCAUCAGCACGGAGCCAAUGGUGCGGCAGAUUGAUUCGAACUCGGAUGGCCGUCGUCUAGGACCGCCCAUUACUCCUGCAAACCCCUCCGUGAUCGAUUCCGCUGUUUCAGCUGCAGCACGAGCUCAAGUCAAAUGGUCACAGACUACCUUCUCAGAACGAUGUCAAGUCCUUCGAACGUUGCUUCGAUAUGUGCUUGACCAUCAGGAAGAAAUUGUGGCCGCGUGCUGCCUCGACUCCGGGAAGACUAAGAUAGAUGCCUGCUUCGGCGAAAUACUUGUCACUGUCGAAAAGCUACAAUGGACUAUCAAACAUGGGGAAAGAGCUCUCCGAGUGUCAAAACGACCGUCCAACCUCCUCAUGUGCUACAAGUCAAAUGCUGUCAUCUAUGAACCUCUCGGCGUGGUUGCAGCGUGCGUGAGCUGGAACUAUCCCUUCCACAAUUUCAUCUCCCCGGUCAUUUCAGCCUUGUUUGCAGGCAAUGCAAUCGUGGUGAAGCCGAGCGAGCAGACAUGCUGGAGCACGUUGUACUUCAUCGAUAUCAUCCAAGGCGCAUUGCGAGCAUGCAACCACAGUGUAGAUCUCGUCCAGAAUGUUAUCUGUCUACCGGAGGCUGCAGAUUACCUCACCAGCCAUCCAGGUAUCAGCCACAUUACUUUUAUCGGCAGCAGAGACAUCGCGCACAAGGUGUGCACAUCGGCUGCUAAAGCAUUGACUCCUGUCACGGUGGAGUUGGGUGGGAAAGAUCCUGCCAUCGUGCUUGAUGAUCCGAAGACCAUCAGGACCAUUGACGACGUGGUCUCAAUCCUCAUGCGUGGAGUCUUUCAAUCUGCCGGUCAGAAUUGCAUCGGAAUUGAGCGCGUCAUCGCAUUACCCGCAAUUCACGAUAAAUUGCUGGCUGAGGUUCUUCCCAAGAUAAAGUCGCUUCGUCUGGGCUCUGUUCUCCUGUCAUCUCCCAACAACCCGCCCGACAUGGGCGCCAUGAUCUCGUCACGCAGUUUCUCCCGUCUUGAAACCCUGAUUUCUUCUGCUGUCGCUCAGGGGGCAACUCUGCACUGUGGAGGCAGACGCUUCAAUCACCCCGGAUAUCCCUGUGGGACCUACUUCACGCCCACGCUCCUCAGCAACGUGACUCCUGAAAUGGAGAUCGCGCAAAAUGAGCUCUUCGCGCCUGUCUUCUUGCUAAUGAAGGCCGUGGACGCAGAUGACGCGAUCCGUAUCGCGAACUCGACAAAUUAUGCUCUCGGUGCCGGAGUUUUUGGGCACAACCAGCGUGAUGUCCAAAAGUGCGUCAGGGGUGUCAAGGCAGGAAUGGUCGCCGUCAACGACUUUGGAGCCUACUACGCGUGCUCGCUACCCUUUGGCGGCGUCAAAGGUUCCGGCUACGGACGCUUCGGAGGCGAAGAAGGCCUCCGGGCUCUCUGCAACACCAAAGCUGUCUGCGAGGAUCGUUGGUUAGCCCGGUCUCUGGGCAUCCAGACGAGGAUUCCCCCAAAACUACAGUACCCCGUUUCCAAGCAUGGCUGGGACGUGUGUAAAGGAGUCGUUGGCACGGGAUAUGCCUUCACCCUGGGCCUGGGGGAGUGGGCCGCAUCCGUGGUGAUGCUUUUGGUGGCCUUGACGAGAAAGGAAUAA